AUGACUGAACUAAAUAGCGCCACGCUUUGCGUCCUAGGCUGCGGCAACCUGGGAACCGCUAUAAUCAACAGUCUAGCCUCUAACCCGCCAACAAUCAAGAACAGUGCACUUUUCACUCACUUCAUCGCUUGUGUCCGGACAGAAAACUCGGAGAACCGACUGAGAGAUCGACUAUCUCAUCUCAACAACCUCUCCAUAUCCCGCAACAAUAACGUCAAAGCAAUUGAUGACUCUGCCGUCAUCAUCCUUGCGACUGACCCCGCGGACGUUGAGAGGACGUUGACACAGCCUGGUUUCCGUGAUGCCAUCACCGGCAAGCUUUUGAUCAGUGUAGCAGCGGGUUGGACACAACAACGCUUAUACACAACUCUCUACGGCAACGACACCCCCCAGGCUCGUGUCGUGCGGGCUCUACCGAACAUUGCUGCCUUAGUCUCGCAAUCAUUGACUGCGGUUGAAAGCUCUGUAGACUCUCCUUUGCCCUUUGAAUGUGUGGAGAUUACAGAUGCGAUUUUCAACAGGAUCGGUCGAACUGUGCACGUAUCCCCGACGCAGAUGGAGGUCAUUACCGCUGUUGGAGGGUCGACGCCUGCAUUCUUUGCGGUUAUUGUUGACGCAAUGAUCGACGCAGCUGUCGCGGUGGGGCUCCCGAGAGAUCUCGCGCAUACAGCUGUUUUCCAGGCCAUGCAAGGCACAGCAGGAAUGCUGCAAAGUGGCAUACAUCCAGCUUUGCUGAAGGAUCAAGGCACAUCGCCGGAGGGAUGCACCAUUGGUGGAUUAAUGGUGCUGGAGGAGGCAGGAGUGCGUGGCCAUGUUGGAAAGGCGUUGAGGGAGGCCGUUACUGUUGCAAGGCUUAUGGGGAAAGUGCCUCAUGUAAAUGAUACUCGACAAUAA